UCCAUUUAUCAUCAGCAUUUUUCGUUCACAAAAUGCAUGUGAUAGGUAUUGUAGUUCUGUUGGUGGCUUUAGGCCACACAACACAAGGAGUUCCUCCGAAACCUGCACCCAAAGCGCAAAAGUUUGACUGGUGGGAACGUGGCAACUUUUAUCAGAUUUAUCCACGAUCGUUUAAGGAUUCGGACGGUGAUGGAAUCGGUGAUCUGAAGGGCAUUACACAAACGAUCGACUAUCUGAAAGCGAUCGGAAUCGAUGGUGUUUGGCUAUCGCCCAUCUUCAAAUCGCCGAUGAACGAUUUCGGCUACGACAUCUCGGACUUUUACGCCAUCCAGCAAGAGUACGGCACGAUGGAGGACUUUGAAGAGUUGGCCGCAAAGUGUGCUUCGAUUGGGUUGAAGCUCAUCCUAGACUUUGUGCCCAAUCAUUCGAGUGACGAGCAUGAACAUUUCCGCCUAUCGGAGGAGAGCGUAGAACCGUACAAGGACUACUACAUCUGGCAUUCGGGUAUAUUGGAUGGGAACGGUACGCGUCAUCCACCCUCCAACUGGAUCAGUGUGUUCCGCGGAAGCGCCUGGCAGUGGAGCGAAAAGCGCCAACAGUACUAUCUGCACCAGUUCCAGAAGAAACAGCCGGACUUGAAUUACCGCAAUCCGGCACUGGUGGAAGAGAUGAAGAAUGUGAUGCGCUUUUGGUUGAACAAAGGUAUCGCUGGCUUCCGUAUCGAUGCGCUACCGUAUCUGUACGAAAGUGAGGAAGUUGAUGGUCGCUACCGGGACGAACCACUGUCUGGGGAGGUUUCAAACGAUCCGGACAACCCCGCCUAUCUGACGCACACGGAAACUAAGGAUCAGCCGGAAACGUAUGAUAUGGUACACCAGUGGCGUGCGGUGGUAGAUGAGUAUACGGCCCGGGACAACUUUACCCGUAUCAUUCUGACCGAAGCGUAUACGGCGUUGGAGAAUACUACCCGGUUCUAUGGUACACCGGCAGCACCCGGUGCUCAGAUACCGUUCAACUUCCAGCUCAUUACGCAGCUGACCAUUAACAGUACGGGGCGUGACUUUGUCAACAGUGUCCAGAGUUGGCCCAGAGCAAUGCCUCGAGGAGCUAUCGCGAAUUGGGUGUUGGGUAAUCACGACAACAGUCGUAUAGCGACACGGCUCGGUGUACCGCGUGCCGAUCUGUACAACAUUGCUCUCCAGACGCUACCGGGCAUUGCGGUAACGUAUAACGGUGAGGAGAUCGCGAUGGUAGAUCAGUGGAUCUCGUGGGAGAAUACAAUCGAUCCGGCAGCGUGUAAUGCAGAUCCGGAAACGUACAUGCUGUACUCGCGCGACCCGGUACGUACUCCAUUCCAGUGGAACAAUGGUACGAAUGCGGGCUUCUCCAAUGCAUCGCACACCUGGCUUCCGGUGGCGGAUGGAUACAAGGAGUUGAAUGUGGCCGCCCAGUUGUCGGCACCGCGCAGCCAUCUGAAAACGUUCAUGCAGCUGACGAGCUACCGGAAACGACGACUGCUCGCGGAAGGUGACUUCAAUCUGCAGCUCGUCGGAUCGAACCUGGUGCUGUACAAGCGUGCCGUACCGCGGGUGGGCUACGUGGUGGUCGCUUUGAACUUUGGUUCGAAACCGGCCGAACUUCCGUUGGCGCAGGUAUUUCCGGGCACGGGUGAACGUUGGCUGAAGGUGAUCGCCAGUUCGCUACAGGUGAACAGCACGAGCGGAACGUGGAUUAAUGUGCGGUUGUUUAAGCUGCCGGCUAACUCGGGCAUUGUGCUGGAGCGCCUUACUGGUCGCAAUGAUGUAGUGGCUUAAGGGGUGAACAACAUUUAUGGUGAUGGGUAUCGGGUAGAAUAGAACAGUAGCUAGACGCAAAA